AUGGUUAAACCUUCCCCUGCCCUCGCCUACAUGCAAAGCUCGAGGCGUCGGAGCUUCUCCUCCUCAAGUGACGGCAAAGAAGAGGAAAGCAACAAAGAGCGAUCCAAGUGGAUAGGACGAGCAGCUUUCUCGGUCCCCAUCGCCGUGACGAUGGGGCUCGGAGUCUGGCAGUCAAGGAGAUACUUCGAGAAGAUCGACGAGAUUGAGAUGAGGACAGCAGAUCUGUCGAAGAAUGAAGUUGAUCUGGACAAAAUGAAGAAAGUUGAAGACUGGACGGCAUUGCUUUACAAGAAAGUCAAGUGGAUCCUCGUAAGUCGCGGUUGGAUCCCGAGGAGGAUGAGAAAGGACUAUCCCAUCAGUCAAGGGGAUGAAGAAAUCACCCUCGUCCUUACUCCUCAGCCCAAGGCUGGAAGUCUCGCCCCUAAGAACGAUCCAGAGCAGAACAGCUGGUUCAGUGUGGAUCUAGCGGCCAUGUCCGACUUCGCUCAGCUGCCGGAAGUCGCUCCCUUCGCGGAGCUCAUCAAUCCUGUUGAAGGAGGGAAGUUUCCUCGACCCAAGAAGGAGGGCGACCUGAUCAACUUCUACGUCACUCCUGCUACGCAUCUCUCCUACGCUGCCACUUGGUACAUGCUGUCGGGUGCAAUGGCAGUAGCCACCUACUACCGUUUCAGGUGA